CUACUUUUAACGCUUGUAAUAUCUAAAGAACAUGCAUAGGAAUAUAGGAUGUUGAUCUGUGUAACGUAUGUUCUCACCUCGAUUUAAAGUGUGGUUUUUAAAAUUAUGGAGCAUGUUUUGAGUGCGGCUGUACAACCUUGUCAAAGCAAUUAGCCACCUGUCAAAUGCUUGAACUGUUGUGAGAGGCGAAAAUAUACCAUGUGCAAAUCACAGUCUCUCCCCUCACCCGCCUUAAGUCGUAGGUGACUAUUUGCAAUGUCUAGACGGCAUUGUAACUGAAGGUUCAGGAUAACUGCAGAUGAUGGUGUCUUCUGAACUAGAGCAAGUGUUUCCCCAUCAUUAUUUGCUGUUAGAGUUGACCACUCACUGCUGUUCCUUUUGUGUUUAUCUGCGGUCAAAGUGGAUCGAAAGACAAGACUACGGGCUGAUCUCUUGACGCCGAGGGUUGUGCAGCCACUGACUGGACCAGUAUAAUAGUCCUGUCAAGUGUGCCUUUGCAUCAUGGGCAGUGCGUCCUCUAAAUUCAAGAAGUACCUUCAGCAUGGAGAUGAAUUUGCAGCGAUGCAGGUAUUUCAGAGUUCUCCAGAGUUGCGGAAGAAUCUGGAUCCCAAUCUCAGUUAUGGGGACAGCCAUCAUCAUAAUACAGCACUGCAUUAUGCUGCCAAACAUGGCAUGAAACACCUGCUCAGGACAUUCUUGAAUGACCUGGGUGGAAACCCAAACAAGAAGAAUGGUUGCAAUGAAACAUCACUGCAUGCAGCAUGCCAGUUGAGUCAGCAGAAGUCUUUCUCAGCUCAGGAGCGACGUGCAGCAUGUGUGGCGCUUUUGUUACAAUGGAGGGGAGUUCCCCUUAACAGUGGGGGACGAGAACGUGUUGAUCUUCAGGCUCAGGACCAGAAAGGCAACACUGCGCUGCAUUGUGCUGCCACAUCCGGAUUGAAACGCUGUGUGGAGCUGCUUCUGAACCAUGGUUCACCUCUCUUCAUUGAGAACCAUGAUAAGUUUACACCUUGUGAUAUGGCUAUGCGGAGUGACCACCAUGACAUUGCUCAGCUCCUUGAGUCCAGGAUGGUCUUUGCUGACAGUACUGACACAAUAAAUGAAGUAGAGUUGUAUGGGCCUGGAGAACAGGAGGAGGUAUACAGUGGGCUAAGAACCCAGGACCUUCAAGAGGCCAAAGAUCAACUGCUGGUGGAGACAUCAGAUAUGCUUCACAUCCCCCUGUUCACUGCCGAGGCUCUGCUCCGAGAUAAUGAAUGGUCACGAGAAGCUCUUCUGGAGAAAUGGAUGAAAGACCCAGUGCAGUGUUGUCAGUUGGCUGGUGUACAGCCUCCAACAUCAGCGUUGCAGCAUUGUACCUCGGAACCAUCAUCUGUUACACUGGAAUACAGUAAUGCAGAGACAUCUGGUGCCAUUCAGCAACAAGGCACUACAAAAAUACAUGUUGAAACUAUAUGUGAGAUCUGCAUGUUGGCAAUGCCUUGUUGGGACCGACCAGUGCUCAUGUCAUGCAACCACCAGUUCUGUACCUCCUGCUGGGAGAGCUACCUCACAGUGAAGAUCCAGGAUGGAGAUGCUCACCAUAUCCUGUGUCCUGCCUAUCAGUGUCAUAUCCUUGUGCCUGUAGAAGUCAUUGAAAAACUAGUCAGUCCUGAUAUGGCACGCAGAUACCUGCAGUUUGACAUCAAGGCAUUUGUUGAGAGUAACCGCAGCAUCAAGUGGUGCCCCAUGCCAGGCUGUGGCCGUGCUGUCCGCCUGCCUGAGACAGAACAGACACAACCCAGUGAUGUCCUGCAUAAUAUUCCAUCAGCGAAACCUCCACUGCUCACUUCCCAUGCAGUUGAUUGUGGAAACGGACACUUCUUUUGCUGGGAGUGUCUGGGUGAGGCUCAUGCUCCAUGUGGCUGUAGCCAGUGGCUUCAGUGGCAGCAGAAGAUUUCAGAGGUAAAACCAGAAGAACUGCGAGCCUCGUGUGUUGAAACAGAAGAUGCUGCUAACUGCCUGUGGCUUGUAACGAACUCAAAGCCUUGCCCCAAUUGCAAAUCACCCAUACAGAAGAAUGAAGGCUGUAACCACAUGAAGUGUUCAAAGUGCAAGUUUGACUUUUGUUGGGUGUGCCUGGAGAACUGGAAGAAGCACAGCUCCGCCACUGGAGGCUACUUCAGGUGUAACCGUUUCGAGGCAGUUCACAAAGCAGAUGAGAAGCAAGGCAUUCUUAUCAGUGAGGCAAUGCUAAGGAACCAGCAGAUGCAAGAGCUGAACCGCUUCCUUCACUACUAUACAAGAUUCCGGAACCAUGAGAACAGCCAGAAGUUGGAGGAACCAUUGUUGAACAAUGUGCGCCAGAAGAUGGAGGUCUUAGCCUCUUCACUUAGCAAAGGACAGAAACGUGAAGAAUCUGCGGAGAAGGGAACGAAAUUUGUGGAGGAUGGAGUACGAGAGUUAUUAAAAGCCAGGCGAGUUCUUUGUGGCUCAUACGUUUAUGGCUACUACCUGGAGGAUAAUGGAUACAACAAGACCAUCUUCGAAUUCAUGCAGAAUGAACUUGAAGAGGUCACAGAGAAGCUGUCUGAAAUGGUAGCCCGUCCUUACUUGCGCACCCCUCGUCCAGUAAUCAUCCAGACAACUGCAUUGGCGCGGCGGAAGCGUCAUGAAUUUGUGCGUGCAGUAUCUAAAGGACUAAUUCCUCCUGAGACCCCUCCCACACUUCGUAAAGUCCGAAAAAGGAGGUUUCCUGGGCUUAUGGCUAUGGAUCCAGUAGAUGAUGAACAAAUGUCUCAUGCCAUUGCUGCCUCACUGAGAGACUUGGAUCCAAACAAUCCUUGGGUUAAAGAUUCACAAGGCCGUCACACCAACUUGAGUGCCAUCUAUGACUGGCCUGACUUUGACUCUGAUGAAGAGGAGACUGAAGUGAAUCAUGCACUAGCAGUCAGCUUGCUUGGAGAGUGUAGUCGAGUGGGAUGCAGUCGUCCAAGAGCACGCAAUCCGCGGACUUCAGCCAUUCAUGAUUACUGCAGUUUGCGAUGCAGCCGUGCUGCAAGACUAGGAGCAGAAGAUGAUGUUUACCAUGUGAAUGUAACAUCAGACUACAACAUGGAUCUAGUAAUAGCACUGGAGAUGUCACGUCUUCAGAUGAUAGAAGAUGAAAUGAAGAAACGCCAGCGAGCAGCUGAAGACGCUGCCAGCAAGACCCAACAACAGGCAGCUGAUGACUCAGAAGGACAGGCUGGCACCAGCGUUGAUUCUGGUAGUACUCCAACAGAAGGAGUGGAUGAUCAUCAGUUAAAGCUAGCAAUCCAGCUGUCUUUGCAAGAAACAACAAAACGAAUUGCUAAAAGUACCUCAGCAGACCCAACAAUUGGAAGUAGUGUUUGUUCUGAAGAAGAAAGCUCGUCAGAUGGAAAUUUAGUUACAGAUGUUGCUCCCAAAGUGGAUGAUGAUGAUGAUGAAAAUACAGACCUCACCUCAUUGAUCUACCACAAAACCAGUGCUGACUUGACAGUGGAUUACUUCCUCAAGAGUUUAGCUGGACGUCAAAUUGACGUUAAGAAUCUGAACCCUGGCCCAAACUUGUUUUCACCAGAUGAUGGCAUUGAAGGAAGUGAUGUUAUCUGGGGUUGUGGUGUUAGCAAGACUCUUGCCGACAAAGAGUUAUUGAUUGGUUGUGGCUUCAAGCCCUGCAUUGCAGAGGAUGGACGGUUUGAAAUUGGAGAUAUCCAUGAAAAUGGAUGUUUCAAUGAUGUUGAUGAAUAUGAUGAGAAAAAUUCACAUCUCCUUAAGCGAUCCCAUUCAACAGGAGAUCUGUGCACUCGGGGUCGGCGGGGACCCAUGCAUGGUGGAGUUGUUGGCGCUGGUGAUGAACCAAGGUACCACCUAGAUUCCGAUCACAGCAGUCAGCAUGAAGAGAAGCCUGAAGACAUUGCAAAGAGAAUACUGGCUUUUCCUGCAGCUGCUUCAUUUGGAAAAUCCAUGUCUGGGAGACACUUCCUUCUGCUUCAUCAUCACAGUGGUGGUAGCAAUGGGAAUGCAGGGGGAGAGGCAUCUCUUGCCAACUCAGAGGAUGGUGCCAGCAUCUACUAUGGUGGCCAGUCAUCUGUUGAGGACACAACUACCACUUCUGAUUCCCUCAAUGCAGAUUUGGAAGUCUGUGGAAUUUUGGGAACCACGACAGAAGAUGAUGAGGAAGGGAAAGGUUAUAUUGAGGAUGAAAGCAGUGGUGCCAACUCAAGUAGCACAGACAGAAAUUCAUUUUCGGAACGUGAAAUAAAGCCCACACUCAGCUUGGAUAAGAGUAGUGUUUUAGAUACGGAAGUUAAAAGAGGUAAAGAUGUAGGAUUAAUGAGUGGACCAUCAAAUGUCUCUUCUUUGAAGUCAUCAGCUGCAAAUUCUUUGCUUGAAGCCCACCGGAAAGCAUUCAAAUACACAGGAGGCAAAGCUGGAGGUGGAAGUGGAUCAACAGGCUUGCGUAUCCGUAUUUGUAAGUACCCUAAUAAUGCCAAUGUUUCUGGGACCAUCAUAACCAACACUAAUAAUGGGCGCCAGUUGGAGACAGACAGUUCAAAUGAGUAUGAGUCUGAAACAGGUAUACCAAAAUCACCUACACUGUUUAUUAGUGGUGUUUCUAUCAGUCGUACCCCUGAACCAAGGUCUCCUGCAAUUGUAACCACAUCUUCUGGUAUCACAACAAACUGUUCUGUAGGCCGUCAGUCCCGCUCGUCCAGUCUCACUGUUCCGCCACCCAUACCUUUAGCACCUCCUCUGUCAACUGCUAUCCUUGGAUCCUCAAGCACGUCCCUGAACAAUACCACCACAACUGUUCAUUCAGCAUCACCAGAACCUCAGCCUUCACUGAUGCUGAAAUCCUCCAGUCCUGUGAACUUGAAUUCAGUUUGUGCAACUGUAACAAGUAACAAUGUCGUCAUUACUCCUCCACCUCUGCCGCCCCUUCUCCCUUCACCAGGCUCCCCUGUAAGCAUUUCUAGUCCCCGUUCAGGUGCCCCAUCUCCAAUUUUAACAUCAGGAAAUGGAAGCUCUAUAGGUAUCUCAUCUAGUACCACUCAGCCUUCUAGUACCACUACAACAAAAUCAAAAUCAGCAAGUGAACCAGAAAGAGAAAGAGAAAUGUUUCGGUUUCCGAAAUCAUCGACUGAUGGUGCAUUAAGCUCAGUGCUUCACGUUCAAGAAUCUAAUCUAAGUUCAGACGAUUUUCAUGAAGCCUUGUUCCUUCUGGAGCGCUCACCAAAAGGUGGUGGUGGUUCCUCUAAGCGGCGGAAGAAGUCGAAGAAAGAACGCCACAAGGAUAAGGAAAACAGCAAUGGUACAGCAAGUUGUUCAAGUAAGGUGAAGGAAAUAACAGAACCCAGCUCUGCCUUAUAAGGUAAGAGGAUGUAUCAUGUUGAGUUACUUUACACACCCAAGUUGCAAGGACUUGAUGAGGAGACUGUAUGUUGUCCUUGUGUCAAAACAUCACUUGAAGUUAGAAUUUAAUCCAAUCUGUGACUGUCCAGUGAGACUUUUUACAAGUAAAAUAGCAGUCAGUACUUGGCAAUAAUAUGUAGCAGUAGAAUUGAAUCCACUGUGUGAGACAGUCCAGUGAGACUCAUAGCAGACAGUGGUGGUCCAUACUUGAUAAUCACAUCUCACUUGUAACAGUAGCAUUUAAUCCAUUGUGUGGGGCUGUCUGCCAAGAUUGACGACAGGUGUUGGCUGUACAUGUUUCACUAGUCAUUUCCAGGUGGCAGGGAGGUAGCUUGUUGCACUUGUUUACUAUCAAUAUACAGUUUCUUUGUGUUUCUGUUCUUUGAUAAGUAAACACAUGCACUAAUGGUGUGUACAAAUGAGUUCGUAAGAGCUAUACUGUAGAAUUAAUAGGCCCCACAGUGCACACCAGUAGCUCAUUUAAAUGCCACACACGGGAUUAAAUUACACAAAUCAGUGCAUUUCAGAACUUAACCUAUAUGAAUCAAACUGUAGAAUGUUUAGGAAAUGACAUGAAAGGAAGUGGCCAUGGUCUGUAUCAAGAUACUGUUCUGGGACUUGCCUGCAGGGGCUGAGGAAACCCACAGAAGACCCCAGUCAGGAUGGUGUGCUGGCUGAGAUCUGAAAGAGGGCCCUCUUGAAUUAAGCACUUUUUUCCAAAAACGUUAGCAUACAUCAUUACUGAAAUUUCACAGCACGGACUUUAGUUCUUGACAUUGCAGGACCAAGUUCUUGUUAAGUUCAAGACAGUGUUAGCUGUUUGAAAUGUUAAGAUGACCAAUAGCACUUCAGUAAACAUGUUUUACUUUUAGAGGAUAAAAGAAAACCUCUAUCUUUCUGUGAUUUGUUAUUAACUCUGCCUUCUCAUCCAUAUUUUAUCACCAACAUACAUCAAAACAUUAUCAUAUUUUUUUUAUUCCAUUCUUCCAUUGAACAGAUAUGAAGUUGGCUUUACAUCUCACUUCGAACCUUAGCAUUUUUGUAGAGGUAUAGCUCCACACACUUUUAAUCUUCAGGAGAGUAGUUAGUUGCACACCCUGGUCACUACCACUGGGAGGAAGAGCCCCCCAGUAUUCAUUGGAUAGGACACAGGAUGACCAAAAAGCCAGUCUGGAUGCAAGCACAAAGAGAAAAAUCACUGCCCCUGCUGAGAAUUUAACCCCAAGUUCCCCAGUUGUCCUACUUGUGGCCUAGUCACUACGCUUACCUGCCAUUAAAAGGCUAUAUUCAUGUCAUUAAUCAGUAGACCUUCCUGAGUUUACUGCAAAUAAUCGUUUUUGUAGAAAAUUUCCAUAAGCUAGGUACAAUAAAGGAAACAUUAAUUCAUGUAAUUAUGUUAGUAUCUGAGAUGGACUGAUUGUAGCUGUGAGUAAACUGUACUGCCAUAUGCUGCAUCUUUGUUACUUUGCAUCUUAUUUGUCUGGUGUCUGUUGUGAACAUUGAAAUUUGAGAAACAAUUGAUUAUAAUGUAUUUAUAUUAAAUUAUAGUAGCAGAUACUGAAACUAUAAAGUUACUCUCAUAACUCUUUCACUGUUCCAAUUUUAUAUAACAGCUGUCUGCACUGUACAAUGACGGAAAUGAACAGAUCACUUGAGAUUAUAAUCUUCUUGGAUGUGACGCCAUGCAGUGUGGUAAUAUGACGGUAACAAGCUCAAAUACCAGUCCAGGCAACAAGAAUUCCCCCACCCCACCCCCACACAUUUAAAAACAGAUUAACUUUCUUAAGACUUCAUAACAAUUAAUAGCAUGAAAUUUCUUGACUCUGUGAUGUAAACUGACAUUGGUAUCAUAACUCUUAAAAUAUAAACUUAAUUAGCAUGAAAGAACAGCAGAAAUGUUUUCAUUUUACAAAACAUCUAGGAAACAGGCUAAUAAACUGUGCUGCCCAAACUGGCAUUUCAGCUUGCCUGUGCUUGGUAGAUAGGUACCAGCACUGUGUAGGAAUCUGCUGAUUCCCUCUUAUAACCUGAACACGGAGGUAUGAGAUGUUCAUAUCCAUUUACCAACCUCUGCAGUAUCAUAUCACAGGAGCCCAUGAUCUUGAAAUCGACUGCUGUGAGAACCUCAGAUCUCUCAAAGUAACCAAUUCUUGGUAUUCAUUUCUUCACUAUACCUAACUGCAAACAAAAAUACAAAGAAGUUUACUGUCUUCUGGACUGUGAUAUCAUGUAGUCCGCUGGAAUGUCAUGGUAACGUUCUACCAGAUUGCACGGUGUCACAACUCGGAAGACCAUAACCGUCUUAGUCACUGAUGUAAAAGCUGAAUCUCGAUAACUGUAAGGAGGAAUAUCUCCUGGUUAUGAUGGGAAGCCUGUGUCAUUGGUUGCAUGUGUGAGCAAUAUUGCAGAAUGGAAACUGCAGGUAGUACUUAACACAAUAUGGACAGUGCAUAUGGCUCAAGGAUGUACCCAUGUUGACAUUGAAAGGGUUAAUCUUGCCCCUCCUGCAGUCUGACACACUGUAAGGGGCUAGGGUAUACGAAAAGCAUGGUAACCUAUGAACUGAAGUCACUUUUGUUCCAUGCCAGUGGUUCUGAACUUGUGGUACAUGCAGUUCUGAAUCAGGAGGUAUGUGAAUACCCAUAAGUGGGUAUGUGAAAUAUAUUUUGUACAUUGUUGAACACAGGUUGAAAGGCCGUGAAAGACUUCUUGAUGUCUUUCUUUUGUAGAACUUUUUCUGUGCAUGGUAUAAAUAAAAUUUAUUGUGACUUUUGUCAUGUUUAAAUGCAUGAUAUCACCGAAAUAAAAAUUGAGUCUGAGCUGAAAAGGGUAGGGGAACAUGAGAUAUAGUGAAACAGAAAAUUGCUUUUUCAUAAACCUCAAACAAACAUAUUCCAUAUAUUUUGUUGAAAUAAUUUUUUUACAUGAAGUACAGCACAUUGAUAGUUCACAGCAGACUUCAUUAGAAAUUAAAAAUGGGUAUGUAGAUAACUUUUAUUUUUAUGACAGAACUGCUGUAGGAUGUACUAUCUACUGACAGUUUCUGUGACUGUGUCAUGCUUUGUAUCAGCAUGUGCAUAUCUCACUGAAACAAAUCAGUCGUGUUGAACGUAUCAUGAUGCAUAUUGUCGCGAUUUGUACCAAUGUGUAUGUAUGGGGCCCUUAAGUGAAGUUUCAUUCUGAGACCAAGGAGUACAUUGACUGAAAAGGGUUCAGGAAUGCUGCUCUGUACUGUCAUACUCAAUUACCAGUAGUGCGCAGCUGUUUUGUGAUUUCAGUGUUAGCUAACUGGAACAUGAAUAAACUCUUCUCAUCACCUGCUUCUAGCAAUUUGGCUCCUAUUUACCAUUUUAUUUUUAUGUUUAUGUUUCGUAAUUAUUAAUUUAUUAAUUAAUUAACCCAAGGGCUCUUGGGUAUUGCGACAUGUUGCGUUUAGUCUCUUUUUAUAAUAACUGCAUAGAUCAUGUAAAUUGAUAAGUUAAUGCAGAAGGAAAACAAUUGGCUCUUGUGAAGCAUAAGUGACACAAGUCAAUAAAUUCUCUAAAAUCUUUGUUUUGUUUUCAUAAGUUGUAAGAAUGUGACUUUUGUACAGAAAACAGUUGCAUUCAUGUUAUAUAACUCAUACAUAACCUCAGUUUUACCUGAUGUGGCUUCAUUUCUUAAUAACUACUGAUGUGCAAUUGCCUUUGGCUGAUACACCUUUCUUCGUUUUCAAAGGCCACCUAUGUUUGUACAUAGUUUAGUCAUUCAUAUGACCGCCUCUGUGGUCUAAUGGUCAGAGUUCCUGGAUACAGAUCCAGAGGUCCCGGGUUCG